AUGCCGGCUGCAGUGGCGGAUGCUCCUUCUAUUUCUUUAUCCUUUUUGAUACUGGAGCUGCAAGCUGAUCGUUAUCUAGUUGCGAAUAACUUCUGGGGCAAAGAUGACGCUGGCGUCCUACCUAUGCUUGAGCGCAUGCACAAUGCUAAGUUGACAUGCGACGAACUAAGGUCAUUCUAUAACACCCAGAUGAAGACCGAAUUGGAAGAGCCUCUGGCCGCCUUCGCCGGCGGAAUGAAGGAGAGGAGAAAGAUCGUGCAGCAUGGCAUAGAGAAACUUCUGAAGGUUAAGAUACAGCAUACUCAAGCUUCUCGAGAUAGAUAUGAGCAGGAUUGUCUUCGAAUUAAGGGCUACCUUGCCCAAGGCCACAUGGUUAUGGGCCAGGAGGAACGCAAAAACAAGGCCAAACUAGAGAAGACUCAGAUACAGCUGGCUUCAAACAGUAGCGAAUACGAAGCUGCCAUUAAAGUAUUGGAGGAGACCACUGGUCGCUGGAAUAAGGAGUGGAAGGCAGCUUGUGACUCUUGCGAGAAGAUCCGUGUCUCCCUCGAGAAUUGUGAGGUCGAGAAGGACAUUGCCUCUUUUAUUAAGGAAAAAAGCUCAUCACCCCAGCCUUCAACUUAUGAAUCCCACCACGACCCCAAUUCAGAGCUUACACAGCAUAUGAUCCCAACUUCUCAAUCAAGUCGUGAAAAUACUGCAACUCCCCAAAAGAAACCAUCUGCCCCACCCCCAGUUGAAGCAGAGCCUGCCCCAGAACCGAGGAGAAAGCAGCACGUCCCUCCGAACUAUCAACCUAGCCAGCAUGGUGAUAUACCUACCAAUAUACCUCAUAAUGAAUACCCGGCCGACGGUAUGACAAUGUUCUGCCGCCCUGGACCACCGUCAGAAAGAAGUUCUGCUACACCAUCAAAUAGAGACUCCCAGAGCGAUCUCUCUAACCCUUCCUCUUUUUCUAGCAUGGAACCACUGAGCGGACAUCAAUCCCCGGUAAAACAUGCUCCUGUUGCUGUACAGCCUGCCCCUAUCCCUGUCUCUGCUCCUGCAACUGCGCCGGCCCCAGUCAAGGCUCCAGCUCCAGCUCCGGUCCCGGCCCCGGCCCCGGCGCCUGCUACUAUGACAUCAACAAAAGAGGUACAGAAGAAGAGGAGUGGUUUCUUUAGCAAUAGUCCAUUCCGCAGGAAGAGCAAGCAUGAAAAAGACCGCCGGGCAGAAUCAGCUGCUCCUGCGCCUGUGCAAAAUCGCAGAACAUGGGCCGCCCCCCCUAAACAAACAAGAGCUCUGAUGGGAACCCAAUCCGACUUAGGUCCUAGUCGUCGUGUCCCCAGCCCUGAGCCCGUAGAUCCUCGAGCGAAUUUCCAACUGAAUGUUGGGAACAAUGUGUUCGAUGUUGCCUCCCCUGAUGCUAAUAAGGCUAGCAAAGCGUCUAAACCUGCAAACGAACAAGUGGACCCAAUUGCCCAGGCCCUAGCCGACCUUAAGGGUGUUGGAAAGCAGACUUCCAUACGUGUAUCUGCUGAUAGAUAUGCUGGCAUCACAAGCCCGGCUCCUCCAGCUGCACCUGCCUCUGCUCCCGCGCCUGCUCCAGUCCAGGCACAAGCUCCCGCCCCCGCCCCCACUUCCGUACCAGCCCCCGUUGCUGCCCCUGCUUCCGCCCCUGCAUCAAAUCGGCCAUCUACUUCUUCCCAGCGCGAAGCCCCCCCGCCAUCCUACAAAGAUAUGCCCGUUAAGCGCUUAGACGCGCCAUCACCAGCAUUCACCUCUGCACAAAUGCACAAAACAACUCGAAAGUAUGUGGGCCAAACCCAAAGCCUCUUUAACAAGCCAUUUCGUACUAGGGAAAGGGCCAAUACUGCGGAUCAGGUCAUCCCGCGGGCCACAUCCCCUAUUCCCAAGAGGUCCCCAAGCCCUCAACCACCACAAAAUACCAAUACUCGUGCACCUUCUCGACUUAACAAUGCUCCUCAGCCAAGUGUGCCUGCAUACAAAUCUGAGAGCAUGAACAGUAGAUAUAGACACUCGCACUCACAGUCCGCAACACCCACCAAGGUUGUCCGAGAGCCCUCUCGUUCCCCGCAAUACUCUCGUCAAGCAUCUCCAAACGACACUCGACCUGAAGUACGCAAUGAGCCUAGGACAGAAACUAGAAACACCAUUCGAACGGAAGUACGCAAUGAACCACCACGGAAUGAAGUAAGACAGGAGAUACGAACCGAGCCACCAAGAAAUGAAGUUAGGCAAGACAUACGAACCGAACCUGCACGAAACGAGAUUAGGCAUGAAGUACGAGCUGAACCACCAAGAAAUGAAGUUAGGCAAGACGUACGAAACGAGCCGCCACGCAACGAUGUGAGGCACGAUAGCCGCAAUGAAGUACGAAACGAUCCGCCACGCAAUGAAGUGCGAAAUGAACCACCACCAAAUGAUGUGAGACAUGAUAUUAGACGAUCCGUCUCUCCUCAGCCGCAGUUUAGAAGACAAGAGCGGCCAGCAAGUGCCAAUGGUAUGGAACUCCAGCUCUCAUCCAAUGAAGUAAACCCACAUAUAGGAGGACAUGGCGACGGGUAUUCCGCUUAUCAGGGAGGUUAUCAAGGAAGUUAUCACGGCGGGAACGCCUACGCCCACCAGCAGCAGCAACGCCCUCACUCCAUGUAUUAUGGUGCUCCUCAUGAUUACGGCCAUGGUGACUAUGGCCACGGGGACUACGGCCAUGGAGCUCAAGAUCAACAUUCAGGAAGCAGGAGCGUAAUAAUGGCAGAAGCUCCACAAGUCAGUCGCGAUGGCAGGCCAGUGUUGCAUUUUGCUCGUGCGAUGUAUUCUUACACCGCGGCCAUUCCCGAGGAACUUGGAUUUGCCAAAGGAGAUAUCCUUGCCGUUCUAAGGCAUCAAGAUGAUGGAUGGUGGGAAGCUGAAAUCACCAACCAGCCCACUCGUCCAGGCCUAGUGCCUAGCAACUACCUUCAACCUUGUUAA